CUACACAUAUUUUGGUGAAAUAGACAAAGCAGGUGUUGUGAUGAAGUAUGUUCCAAAAUGUAGACGGAACUGUGUGUUGUUGGAUCGAUAAAAAAUUCAAAACAAGCGAAGUGCCUCGUAAAUGGUAUUAAAAUGGAUAAUUGUUUUAAUGCCUGCGGCAGUGCUGACGACAUAACAAAAUCUGACUUGGAUCGUUUCACGGAUAAAAUCGAAAAUGUCCUUAACGACGAAAAAGGCAGAAAAUUAUUCAGAAAUUUUAUGUGCACUUCAAAAAUGAAAGCUGGAAAAAAAGCUCUACUUGUUUGGGAGCAUACGGAAAGAUUGCUUAGUUAUAAAGAGAAUGAUGAGAGCGGCACGCGAACUCACCGCAAGUACUUGGAUGACGUACUCCUUUUGUUAGAUAAAGCUGAAAGUUUGGAGGAAAUCGAUUUUGUAACUAUGGAAAGGCUGACUACAGCUGUAGAUUCAGAUAAUACAGAAGGAAUUGUCGAAGGAUUACAACAAUUGAAAGUGGAGACGACGAAAGCACUAAGAAGAGAAUACACGGCGUUCAGGGAGCAUUUAAUAAAGUAUAGAUAAAAAGCUUAAAAAUUGUGCCUUGAAUGUUGUAUUAUUAAAAUUGGUUCUCGAUAGUUUUUGAAUGAAUAAAGGUCAAAGUCAAGGCAAAGAGAACACUGUUAAAGUACAAAAUAUGCCUAAUAAUAUUUAGUUCACGAAUUCAUAAGUCUGCCGCACGAUCGAUGUACCAGACAGUGCCUAUACCUACCAUAAUGGUUUCAAAAUUCGCGCCGAUUUGUAUGCUCAAAUUGAAAGCAGCGACAGAUCUAUUUUGCUAUUAUGCUUGUACUGUACCUAAUAACCUGGCA